CCAAAGAAGCAAAAGUGGACUGUAAAUCUACUAACCCUAACCCAAUCCUAUUUUAUUAAGUUCGCUGUUUUUUUCUUCUUCGUUUUCUCUGCACGCCGUCGACUCCCCAACCAUGGCCAAGAGAACCAAGAAGGUCGGUAUUGUCGGGAAAUACGGUACCCGAUAUGGUGCCAGUCUGCGUAAGCAGAUUAAGAAGAUGGAGGUGAGUCAACACAGCAAGUACUUUUGUGAGUUCUGCGGAAAGUACGCCGUGAAGAGACAGGCUGUUGGUAUCUGGGGAUGCAAGGAUUGUGGGAAGGUCAAGGCUGGUGGUGCUUACACUUUGAACACCGCCAGUGCAGUGACAGUGAGAAGUACAAUCAGGAGGCUCAGGGAGCAGACUGAGAGUUAGAUCUCUCACUAGUGCUUAUCUUUUGAAAACAAUUAGAGGAAUAGAGAGUUUGUGUUUGUUACUUCUGAAUUCUGUUGGUUCUCCCUUUACUUUGUUAUUCUGAGGAAUCCUAAUUUCAGUAGAUAUUUGAGUUUCAACACUUCGAAAGCAAUUGUUCUGCCGAUUUUCGCUGAUCUUUUGUAAAGGAGAUUUAAUCCGGGAUUGGGUUGUGGAUUGGUUGAUGAGUUUGGGAUAGCCCUGUGUUUUUGUUCUUGUUGGUGCUUCAUAUGAAUUAUGCAUUUAUGUUUUGCUUGAAA